UUUUAGCCUUUCUGAUCGUAAUUUCCCCAUAAAAGAUAGGUACCAGUACCACCUCGUGUGAAUCACCCCUUCUCUAUCAUAGUUUUACCGUUAUCUAGUCAAACAUGCAAAUGCAUCCUAGCCUUGAAAGGGAAGUAAACAAUAGUAUAUUUGUUACAUAAUUAAAGAAGAGACUUGAAAAUGAAAACAAUUGAUAAUUUGUCAGAUGUUGAAAAAUGGGCUUCAGGGUCUUCUCACUAUAAUUGCAACGGAAGGAUUCUCAUUUGUUGAUCCAUCUUGCGUGUGCUCUGUGUUGUGCUGCUGUGGGAAGUUCGGAACAACGGUGGCCGGUGAUACAGCCUAAUCAAAAUAUCUCUUUUUGCUUCAGAGAAAUCCUCAUUACCUCGCCCUACAAUGGCCGAUCAACAACCAAACCAGACCUUGGAGGCUCCAGAUGCCCAAAAUCCAACCGCCCACGAAAAUAAUGGAGAGAACAAUUCAUAUUGGUGUUAUCAAUGCAACAAACUGGUUAAUCUGGAACCCCAUGAAGAGGGAUCCCAGAUUCUUUGUAGCGAAUGUCACGGUGGGUUUGUGGAGGCUAGAACUACUGCUGAGGUUACGCCUAAUGACCAUAGGGCAAAUAGCAGGGCUAGGCGCCAGAGGUCUGGAAGGAUUGAGAGGGGUGAUAUUACUUAUCAGAGGAAUGUACUCAGGGUUUUGAGAAUGUUGACAGAGCUUACUCAGUCAAGUCCUAGGAUCCAACGGGCACGAGUAGCUAGGGAUGGAACCUUGGGGGAAACAAGGAGCCAGGGCGGAAGUCAGCCGGAUUCCCAGGAGGGGUCUCUUGUGGUCAGUCAGCCAAAUAUAGGACACCUGCAAUCUGAUUUUCUUGAUAGUCAGCCAAAUCUGGGGCACACACAAGAUGCAUCCGUUGAUAACGAGUCAAGCUUAGGCCAAACACAGACUGCAUUUGGUGAUAAUCAGCAAAAUUUUGGCCAUUCACAAGCCGCAUUUAUUGAUAAUCUGACAAUUUUGGGAAACCCACAAUCUGAAUCUAAUGAUAAUCACACAAAUUUGGGACAGCCACAAUCUGAAUCUGAUGAUAAUCAGGCUAAUUUAGUUCGUGCAGGUGCCUCAGAAAAUGGAAACGAUGAAGUUAUCGAAGCCAGUGACUUUCUGGAUGAGGGUAACGAGGAGGAUGAUGACAAUGUUCUGAAUAUUGAAUUAGAUAUGUGGGAUUCAUUUGGGUAUGAUGAUGAUGAUGAGGAUGACGAUGAUGCAGAUGAGGAAGAUGAGGAAGAAAACGAUGCAUGGGAAGAGGUUGGUGAAGGGGAUACUGCAGAAGGACAAGGUGAAGAAGGUGCUGAUGAUGUAGGGGCUGGUUUGAGCUCUGGGGAAACUAACGGGGCUGGCGUGGAGGGACAAAGGAGGCCGAAUGCGAGGAGGGAUGUUUUGAGACUACGCAUAAGGGACUGGACCUCAUUAUCUCGUGGGGCAACACUUGAAACAUCAGGAAGAAGUAUUGAUUGGCACGACAUAAUGCAAGGUCUGGAGGACAAUACUAUCGAGUUGAGAUUGAGUCUUCCUGAAGAGGAUACAUAUGUGGGUAAUCCAGCAGACUAUGUUGAUGAUGCUGGCUAUGAAAUUCUGCUUCAGAAUUUUGCUGAAAAUGACAAUACUCACAGAGGUGCUCCUCCAGCCGCGAAAUCUGCGAUUGAGGGUCUGCCUGCAGUUGAAAUAUGCCAAGAGGAUAUUGAAAGUGGGGCUGCAUUGUGUGCAAUCUGUAAGGACAUGAUUCCUUUAGGGGAGACAGGGAAACGAUUACCCUGCCAGCAUCUCUAUCAUGGUGACUGCAUCAUCCCUUGGUUAAGUUCUAGAAAUUCAUGCCCAAUAUGUCGAUAUGAAUUACCUACUGAUGAUGCCGAUUAUGAAGAACAGAAGAAGCAACACACUGUGAUACAGUCUACAAAUUCAGACUCUGGUAUGGCAUCACCCUAAUGGAGGUCUCUCCUAGGACAAAAAUAUGAACUGAACAUAUGAAGUUUAUAGGUCAUAGUUUUCAGUGUUUUGUCAUUUCCAGUUUGCUGCAAUUGUAUUGACAGGCUUAUUGGUAGAUUAUUCGAAUUGAUCGUAGUAAAGCAAAGCAAAUCAUUCAGGAAAUGAACAAACUCAGAUAUUAUUUGAUGCAUACCUGCUAUUGAUCACAAGUAAAAUUCACAAUGCAAAAUUCUUCUAGAUGGACUCGGUAUGUCAAGCAUAUUCUGGCAUGCAUGUUUCCAUCAAUCUUUCUUGUAAUGCUCACUUGGUGUUAUCUGUAUUGAACAUCUGAAAUCCCAGUGCAGAGAUAAUGGAUGUUGAUUUGUAAAGCAAAUCUUCACCUUGUUUUUGGGUAUGGUUGUCAAACUUGAAACUUGACAGUUUUGUGAAACAUUUCAAAUUACUGCACAUUCAUUCAGAUUACUGGAUGCCCUGCUUUUGUUGACUUAUAUUGCACUUUGAUUUGAUGCAUUUCAAAUCAUGUAAAUUCUGAUUCUCAGGCAAUAAAGUGAACUUUCUAUCGAAA